CGCUGCAUCUCCUUCCUGUGAGACUUGACCGAAAAGCGUAAAGACAACGAAGACGCCAUUUCUCACCGUUUUAAUACAUUUGGUUUGAAAUAAUAAUUGAAUCGACGGCACAAAUUAUUAUUAUUUUAUUUAAGUGCAUGAGCGGUUUAUGCUCAACACAAUAUAAUCGGGUCGGUGCCAUAUUCUCCGAUUAUUUUUCGGUCAAAUUCGGCGUAAAUCGUUAGACAUAGGAAAAUGGACGAGACGGACUCGGCAACGAAGGGACUAGUGUUGGACGAUGAGUCCAUAGACGCUGCCGGAGAGCCAGUGGAGGAGGGGGUGGAUUCGGAUACUGAGUCGGAGGCCGAAGUCACCACGAUGACAGUAAUGGGAGAACCGGGGAACAUCGAGAUUGGGACCGAGUCCUUGCCGAACUCUGACGAUGCCGAGACAGCUUUUGCAGAAGUCACAACAGUCACUGUGGGGGAUGUCCAAGCAGCCGAGGACAAUGUGUUCACUGCCACCUCAGCCUCCAUACCAGAGCAUGUUCUUACUGGCAGGACCACCCUACAGAUUGGCGACGGUCUCAAUUCCCAGAAGGCCACUCUGAUAGUGGUUCACACUGAAGGAAUAGUGGACGCAACAGGACUGAAGAACGCUGCAGCCGCCAUGUCCUCUGCCCCCCAGACUCCCCCCACCCCAAUGAAUCCAGGGCAGGAGAAAGAUGGCUCCAAGUACAACUGGGAUCCAUCUGUGUACAACAACGAGCUGCCAGUGCGCUGCAGGAACACCAGCGGCAUGUUGUACAAGAACAGACUGGGCUCAGGUGGAAAGGGACGCUGCAUCAAGCACAGCAACCACUGGUACACGCCCACUGAGUUUGAGGGCAUGUCUGGCCGGGCGAGCAGCAAGGACUGGAAGAGAAGCAUCCGCUAUGCAGGCCGUCCCCUGCAGUGCCUAAUCCAGGAGCGCAUCCUCAACCCCCAUGCCGCGUCCUGCACUUGUGCGGCCUGCUGUGACGACCUCUCGUUGUGUACCAAGGAUAGUCCAUCUUACGCAGGGGAGAACAUUAAUAUGACUGGCCCGGUCAGACUGUUUGUUCCUUACAAGAGACGCAAGAAGGAGAACGAGCAGCCGACCACUCCAGAGAAGAAGGACCUCCCCCUCCCACCGCCCAAGAACAUCACACUGGCACCGGGGGCAACAUUCACAGUGUCUCCGUCAGGCCAGAUCACCACGUCAGGGACCCUGACCUUCGACCGGACGUCUCCCGGGGACGCCACAGCCCUUCUCUCUGAGGGCACGGCACAUGGCGAGGUCUUCACCAGCACAGAAGGUACCUACAUGUUGACAGCGCUACCGGCACUGGCCAUGGCCCCCCAGGCCAAGGUGGAGUCUCCAUCCUCAUCUCCGGGGCUGGUGAACGGGGGGCUGGAGGUGUCUGGGGUCAGGGAGGGCCAGAGGACAUGGCUUUACCUGGAGGAGACGGCCAACAGCCUGCUGAGCACGGUGCAGCAGCUCAAGGCACUGAUCGACCAGGCCAAGCAGGCCUGCCACUGCCAGGCAGGCCAUGAUGCCUUCAGCCAGGACAAGAUCCACGGCAGCAGGAAGGAGUGUACACUCACCCAGCCCUUCCAGAGUCAGAUAUCAUUCCAGCACCCAGAUGACCCAGAGGGGAAGAGAGGCUCAGAAAUUACAGAGAUCAUCAUCAAGCAAAUGUGCGUGAACUGUGGACGGGAGGCCAUGAGCCAAUGCACAGGAUGCCACAAGGUCAACUACUGUUCCACCUUCUGUCAGAGAAAGGACUGGAAGGAGCACCAGCACAACUGCUGCCAGACCAGUGGGGCUGUGGCUGUCCAGGAGGAGGUGCCCAUGUCAACCAUAGACAUGGACAAAGUCAAGGUCUAGCAGGUAUAGACACUGAAAACAGAUUCUGUAAAAACAGCAAAGUCCUCCUUUCAAUACCUUGGAGACUUGAGCAUGGCCUCUCAUUCAGAACUCAGCCAGCUGGAAUUUAAGUGCUGCUGCUGCUCUUUUGAAUACAUCAAAGAUAGUUGCUAGACUUUGUCAUGUCCCUAGAGCAUGCAUUUGAUGAUAGCUGGGAUUUAUUUUACACCAAACAGAGGUUUUGCAGUAUGCUAUUACAUUGUCUCCUGUCUGAAGAAAUAAAUGUGAAGAUUUUGACUCCUGAAAACACAACAUUACACCCCGGGACCUCUGUCAAUGUGUUUCCUCUAACAAAUGCAGCUCCGGGGCCUGUGUGCUUCAGAUGAUCAAGUAUUUGAAGAGUAGUGAUUGCUUCCCUGAACCCACACUGGUGUCUAGUUAGAUUUGUAAAUGUAUCAAUUACUGAAUGACUGUAUGUUUCAAAUGUAGUCCACUACCAGGGUUUAAAAACACAGAAUGCAUGUUGCCGAAAAAAGACUUGCUCUAUCAAUACAUUUAUUUAAUUUAACAUGUUUUAUGUGUUACAUUGGCUCUGUCCUACGUUGAAUGGAGCAGGACAAGCUGGUAAACAACUGUAGGUUAUACACUGCUCAAAAAAAUAAAGGGAACACUUAAACAACACAAUGUAACUCCAAGUCAAUCACACUUCUGUGAAAUCAAACUGUCCACUUAGGAAGCAACACUGAUUGACAAUACAUUUCACAUGCUGUUGUGCAAAUGGAAUAGACAACAGGUGGAGAUUAUAGGCAAUUAGCAAGACACCCCCAAUAAAGGAGUGGUUCUGCAGGUGGUGACCACAGACCACUUCUCAGUUCCUAUGCUUCCUGGCUUAUGUUUUGGUCACUUUUGAAUGCUGGCGGUGCUUUCACUCUAGUGGUAGCAUGAGACGGAGUCUACAACCCACACAAGUGGCUCAGGUAGUGCAGCUCAUCAAGGAUGGAACAUCAAUGCGAGCUGUGGAAAGAAGGUUUGCUGUGUCUGUCAGCGUAGUGUCCAGAGCAUGGAGGCGCUACCAGGACACAGGCCAGUACAUCAGGAGACGUGGAGGAGGCCGUAGGAGGGCAACAACACAGCAGCAGGACCGCUACCUCCGCCUUUGUGCAAGGAGGAGCACUGCCAGAGCCCUGCAAAAUGACCUCCAGCAGGCUACAAAUGUGCAUGUGUCUGCUCAAACGGUCAGAAACAGACUCCAUGAGGGUGGUAUGAGGGCCCGACGUCCACAGGUGGGGGUUGUGCUUACAGCCCAACACCGUGCAGGACGUUUGGCAUUUGCCAGAGAACACCAAGAUUGGCAUUGGCCACUGGUGCCCUGUGCCCUUCACAGAUGAAAGCAGGUUCACACUGAGCACAUGUGACAGACAUGACAGUCUGGAGACGCCGUGGAGAACGUUCUGCUGCCUGCAACAUCCUCCAGCAUGACCGGUUUGGCGGUGGGUCAGUCAUGGUGUGGGGUGGCAUUUCUUUGGGGAACCGCACAGCCCUGCAUGUUCUCGCCAGAGGUAGCCUGACUGCCAUUAGGUACCGAGAUGAGAUCCUCACACCCCUUGUGAGACCAUAUGCUGGUGCGGUUGGCCCUGGGUUCCUCCUAAUGCAAGACCAUGCUAGACGUCAUAUGGCUGGAGUGUGUCAGCAGUUCCUGCUAGAGGAAGGCAUUGAUGCUAUGGACUGGCCCGUCCAUUCCCCAGACCUGAAUCCAAUUGAGCACAUCUGGGACAUCGUUGCACCACAGACUGUCCAGGAGUUAGCGGAUGCUUUAGUCCAGGUCUGGGAGGAUAUCCCUCAGGAGACCAUCCGCCACCUCAUCAGGAGCAUGCCCAGGCAUUGUAGGGAGGUCAUACAGGCACGUGGAGGCCACACACACUACUGAGCCUCAUUUGGACUUGUUUUAAGGACAUUACAUCAAAGUUGGAUCAGCCUGUAGUGUGGUUUUCCACUUUUAAUUUUGAGUGUGACUCCAAAUCCAGACCUCCAUGGGUUGAUAAAUUUGAUUUCCAUUGAUAAUUUUUUGUGAUUUUGUUGUCAGCACAUUCAACUAUGUAAAGAAAAAAGUAUUUAAUAAGAAUAUUUCAUUCAUUCAGAUUGAGGAUGUUAUUUUAGUGUUCCCUUUAUUUUUUUGAGGAGUGUAUAUAAAACACAAUGACAAAUAAAUGACCUUGUUGAUUGUCCUCUUGCUUGUUCCCAAUGACUGCCUGCUGUGAGAGAUUAUGGGAUAUAAUGACCUAAAUAAUUCUGCAGUCACAUUGAUAGAUAAUGACUACUGAGAAUUUCACACGGUUUGUCAUUUUAACAUAUUUUCUAUGUAACUUGCAACAAACCUGCAAACUGCUUUUCAAACCAGCUUGCUUUGAGUUUGACUGGGUGAAAAUAUGUUUUGAUUACAUUGCAACACAGCAAUACAGUCUACAUUUUCAACACAUUUUUCAUUUGUAUAUUUCCACAAGGAUAUUGAUUUGAGAUGGUGAAUGAACUUUGCCCUGAGUCAGGAGUUCAUGCAGGGCAAGAGUUGUCUGACACAUAGGCAACUGCCAUCCACCCACCCACUGUCUCUGGACAUCAUCGUUAAGUAUGUUACUGCCAUGGUUAUUAUUUAAUGGAUGGUGGACAUGAUUGAGAUUAUCAGAGUUUUUCUCAGUGAUAGCUGUCUAAUGCCACACAGCUGCACUGAUGUGUAUUAAUCCAAUGGAUUAAAGCUGUCAGGUGACUGGAGGAGGGGAGGAUGUGUGUGCUGCAUACAGUACGACCCGCUAUCUUUCUGUGAAGACCAACAACAUCACUACUCACCGGAGAACUAGUAUGAAAAAUGAGGGUCAAUUUGAGCAACAGCUACCCGUCCAAAAGAGGGUCCAUUACAUUGAUAAAUUAAGACUGCUGUUCAGGGAUUGGAAGAGUUUUGAGACCCACAAUGACCUACCCAACUUUCUGGGGGAGUCCUCCUGACUUCCUGUGGCCUCUGGAUGCAGUAAUCACAGUAAGCCCUUCAACCAGAGUUUGGGAAUGAAAGGUUAACCUUAUCCAGUAUAUUAAUUUGACAGGUAUGUCCGUUUCAAUGUUUCAGAUAGAGGUCAGUCAUGUUCUCUUGUGAGGUCACCUCGACACAUGCUGUUGUCACCAAUGAGUUCUCUCACUCUCCCCUUCUGUUCCUCGUUUAGUUAGAUUAGAGAACUAACCAAAUAGAAUGACUCAUGGAAGAAAAAUGUUCCUUAUGCAAUGGAGCACUGCACAAUGACCCCGGCCUCAGCUCUCCAACACUGAGCACACAGCCUUGUCUUAACUGGCGUUGUAAUCCCCUGCAUCUGUCAAACUCACGCGUCACUCGCCGUAUCAGGCAUGACUGCUGCUGUACCGCACCGUGGCUGCCCAACCACCACUGGGCUGAGCCUGUGUCCACCGCACAGGGAGGGAGAGUGGAAGGAAAUUAACAGUGGUUCUAAUCUGAUGCCCUGGACUGAGAGCCACUCUGAGUUUGUCCCAUUUGGUAUAUUUGACAAGUACUUCAGCUGCAAGGAAGGGGAGAGGGUGAAGGUAGGGGAGGAAAUUUGCAGAUGGGCCCAUAUGGAUGUGGUGAGACAAAUACCCUCUACCACUUUCCACCUUUAAUGGUGGAUGUGUAAACCCUCUACAAUGUUUUCCCUUCUCCCCUCUAACCCCUAAUGCUUUUCUCAAGGUAGAUU